CUCUUGUGUCGGAAGACAAUCAAAAUAAGAAUACUUUUAAUUCAUACCAUAGUAUACUACUUAGUACAUACUACUUAGUACAAAAUUAUCAAUAACGAAAUGAAUAAAAGUGAACCUAUGUGCCGAAUUUGUCUGUUUGAAGACAAAACCGGCUCCCGUUCACGGUUUGUCAGUAUAUUUAAACAGAAUGAACAAUUUAGCCAAUUGAAUUCCGAGUUUACAACCAUUGAAGCCUUAUUCGAUAUUUGCGGAAUAAAGGUAUUAUUUGAAGACGUAUAUCCAAAAGUACUAUGCGCCGCGUGCCAUUUCAAGCUAGUUAAGGCAUAUAACCUUCGCAAGCAAGCACAGCGCUCCCAACAAACACUGACCAAUAUGCUGAAUGAACAGCACCAACAAGAUGCAAAGUCUGCCAUACAGUUUCAAGAUAAACUGGAUAUGGCAUGGGCGCAACCGGAAUCAGACGAUGAAUUUAUCGAAGAGGACUUAAAUACUGACGAGGAAGCGGGACUGAAUUGGACACCUGAGGUCUUCGACGGUCAAGUGGAAGGUUCGAUUGAUGGACAGAUUCGUUGUUGCGGUUGUGAUGCGACGUUCGAUAGAAAGGCACAGUUGCGAAAACAUUCUUUUGAAGAGCAUCGGCAAUUAAGGCCAGCGGUGGUGGAAGGAAGUGAAUAUCAAUGUAACAUCUGUUAUGCUCAUUUUACUAGUAAGGCCUUGGUGGUGGCUCAUAAGACCGGUAAAAAUAAUGCUCGACCACCGAAGAAGUGUGCUUUCUGCAAAGCUCUUUUUCGCACCGUACCGGAAUUGGAUGAUCACGUGAGGGACAUUCAUUCGGACAACAUGUUCAAAUGUUGCGGUUGUGACUUGAGCACAACCAGUCGACAGAGGCUUGAAAAUCAUUCGAAUAUGCACAAGGAAGCUGAUAAGAGAAAAUGGAACCGCAAGCGAGUGACAUUAAAUAAGUACCAAUGUUUCAUUUGUUACGAUCGGUUUAAGAAUUUCGAAACAUACCGUGCUCAUGAACUUCUACCCUAUGGUAUAUCUCGGAAGCAGCAAUUUGAAAAAGAUUUGUCUGCCACAUUAUCCCUAUGCUGUGGUUGUAAGAAAGUUUUUGAAACAAUUGGCGAGCUUAAAAUUCACCAGGAGCAGGUACAUAAACCGGACGCCUUCGAAGACGAGACACUUCCGAUUGAAUGUUCCGGUUGUUUCAAACGCUACCAAACUUCGUUCAAGCUGAAAGAGCAUCUUCGUGCGUCAAAAAGUAGUCACUCUUUUGAAUGCAGUAAAUGCGUAUCGGCCAGGCGUACACUUGAAGAGUUGUUGGAACACAUGAAAAUACAUAAAGGGCCAAGAGGUUUUAGGUGCUGUGGGUGCUUUGAAGAAUUCGAUUCUCAGGAAAAACUUAAGCAACAUUCUGAGGAACAUGCCCGAACACCCAAAGUAUAUGAAGAUGAGACAGAAAUCGAACGUCCUUUCAAAUGCCACAUUUGUCACAAGAAAUACAAAUGUAAAGUAGAUAUUCGUCACCAUCAACAGAACGUGUACUACGAUAAGGUACAUGUCUGCGACAUCUGCGGCAAAGGAUUUAGACAUCCGCAAACAUUAACCGUACAUAUAGCAUCACAUAAAGACAAAUCCGAGCAUAAAUGUCCUGAAUGUGGAAAAAAGUACAAACAUGAACUGCUCGUCCGCAGCUGUCUAAGGCGGCACAAAAAUCCUCGUGAGUAUCGUUGCAAAAUUUGUAAAGGAACCUUCAAGGCCCGAGGCAACUUAACUUCGCACAUGAUUUCGCACUCCGAUGAACGAAAGUACGAAUGCUGCAUUUGUAAUUUUUCCUUCAAACGCCCCGGUCACCUCAAAGAUCAUAUGCUGAUGCAUACGAGCGAGCAAAGAUUUCCCUGCCGAUUUUGCUCACUAGUUUUGCGCUCACAAUCGGAGAGGAGCACUCACGAGAUUCGACACAGCGGACAAUAUCCGUAUCAGUGCGAAAUAUGUGGCAAACAGCACACAAGACGUAUGUUAUACAUCCAGCACUACGAAACGCAUAAGGAAGACUCGGCCAAGGUGCAUGCAUGUCAUAUGUGUACUCAACGGUACAGUCAGGACCAUUUUUUGGCCAAUCAUCUCAAGUACGUGCAUCGCAUCGAAUCUGCUGACCGAAGCUGGGAUGCUAAGUUUCAACGACUAAAUCAUCGAAAAAAAUCCGUCCGAACGACUUCAACAGACGUUGACAAUGCAGGGGAUGAAGAAAUGGUUGCUGUUGAAACUACCAACGAUAGUAUGGUUUUGGAUGACAAAUAAUUAUGUUUUUGUUAUGGUAUUGAACUUUUUUCUAAAUAUG